AUGAAGGAACAGACAUCUCAGACAAUUCCACAACCGACUUCUCAAACAAAUAGAAAAAGAACUUCUCGUCCAGUGUCAACAGUUCAAUCACGAACAGCAGUGCUACUAGCUACUUGCAAAGUAGUUGUCAUAUCACCAGACAACACUCAACAUCAAGCUCGUGUUCUCCUAGACCCAGGCUCUGAACUGACACUAGUUUCUUCAACGCUAGUCAAUAAGUCUGGACUUCUCAGAAGGCCAGCAGCAAUUUCAGUACAGGGAGUUGGUAGCACCUCACCCGGCACAACUCAAGGCCUAGCUGUACUCAAUCUACAGUCCACACAUUCGAAUUCUCAGAUACAACUGAACGCUCAUAUAUUACCUCGAAUUACCACUCACAUUCCAUCAGUAGUGGUUACUAACCAAGACUGGUAUCACAUCAACAAAUUAGAACUAGCUGAUCCAGACUUCCUAACACCAGGUCCAGUUGACAUCCUCAUUGGUGCAGACAAUCUCAGAAGCAUACUCAGAUCAUCUCGGUUAGUCAUGAGAGGUACCUCGGAACCCAUGGCUAUGCAUACUAUUUUUGGAUGGGCAGUUCUGGGUCAAACAUCUACUGAGCCUAAAACAAAGCCUCUGCGAUCUUUUCAUUUGACGAGUAACGAGGAUCUACAAGAUACACUCACCAAAUUUUGGGUACAAGAGGAAGUCCCUACUAUAUCAGAGCCACAACUAAAUCUAGCAGAGUCAGAAUGCGAAGAACACUUCACUGCUACGCAUUAUCGAGACAAUUCUGGUCGCUACGUUGUACGACUACCUCUAAAUUCAGACGUAUCACAACUGGGUAAUUCCAAGUUAACUGCGCAACGAUGCCUUCAACGUCUUCUCAAACGACUCUCCUCAGAUGCAACUCUAAAAGAACGAUACAUCGAGUUUCUUCAAGAGUAUGAAGACCUUGGACAUAUGGUUGCUGUACCGUUGAACGCUCCAGAGCCUCCUCAUACGUAUUAUCUUCCGCAUCAUGGAGUAUUACGGGAGCAGAGCACCUCAACAAAGCUCAGAGUAGUCUUCAAUGGAUCCAGCAAAACGUCAUCUCAAGUCUCACUCAAUGACAUUAUGCAUACAGGUCCCAAAACUCAGUCUGACAUUUUCGACGUCUUGCUCUACAUCAGACAACACAAAUACAUUUUCAUUACGGACAUAGUCAAGAUGUUCCGUCAAAUUAAAGUGGAGAAAGAUGAUUGGGACCUUCAGCGUAUUCUCUGGGUAGACCAAGACUUCAAUAUUCGAGCCUAUUAA